AUGGGCGCCGGGGGCCGCAGGAUGCGAGGGGCGGCCGCGGUGCUGCUGCUGCUGCUGCUGCUGCUGCUGCUGGCCCUGGAGUCCGGGGGUGCCAAAGGCUGUCCGGUGCCGAUCCGCAGCUGCAAGUGCGCCGGAGAGCGGCCCAAAGGACUGAGCGGCGGUGCACCCAACCCGGCCAGAAGGAGGGUGGUGUGCAGUGGCGGGGACCUCCCGGAGCCGCCGGAGCCUGGCCUUCUGCCCAAUGGCACCGUUACCCUGCUCUUAAGCAACAACAAGCUUACUGCGCUUCGGAAUGGCUCUUUCUCUGGACUUCCCAUGCUGGAGAAACUAGACCUGAAGAACAAUCUCAUCAGUACAGUGCAUCCUGGUGCCUUCCUCGGCCUGGGGGAGUUGAAGCGCUUAGAUCUCUCCAACAACCGAAUUGGCUGCCUUUCUUCUGGAGCCUUCCAGGGCCUUUCCAACCUCCUCCGAUUAAACAUGUCUGGGAACAUCUUCUCCAACCUGCCAGCUGGGGUGUUUGAUGAGCUUCCAGCCUUGAAAGUUGUGGACUUUGGCACAGAAUUCCUGACCUGUGACUGCCGCCUCCGCUGGGUACUGCCCUGGGCCCGUAACCACUCUGUGCAACUGUCUGAGAGGACACUCUGUGCCUAUCCCAGCUCACUCCAUGCCCAGGCACUGCGUGGCCUCCAGGAUACCCAGCUCCAUUGUGCCCCAUCCCCUACCCACAGGUCUCACUGUGAUUCUGCUCCCCCCACAACAGCGGGUGCCCUGGAGCUGCACACUCACCACCUGAUCCCCUCGCUGCGUCAGGUGGUGUUCCAAGGUGACCGGCUUCCGUUCCAGUGUACCGCCAGUUACCUGGGCACUAGUACCCGCAUCCACUGGUACCAUAACAGGGUGCCGGUGGAGGGUGAUGAGGAGACAGGCGUCAUCCUAGAGGAGAGCCUGGUCCAUGACUGCACCUUCAUCACCAGCGAGCUAAUUCUGUCCCACAUCCAUGUGUGGGCAUCGGGGGAGUGGGAGUGCUCCGUGUCUACUGCCCAAGGCAACGCCAGCAAGAGGGUGGAGAUCGUAGUGCUGGAGACCUCUGCCUCCUACUGUCCUGCCGAGAGAGUCGCCAACAACCGGGGAGACUUCAGGUGGCCUCGAACUCUGGGGGGCAUCACAGCCUAUCAGUCCUGCCUUCAGUACCCUUUCACGUCAGUGCCUCUCAGUGGGGGCACUCCAGGCACCAGAGCCUCUCGACGCUGUGACCGCACUGGGCGAUGGGAGCCAGGAGACUAUUCCCACUGCCUCUACACCAAUGAUAUCACCCGUGUGCUCUAUACCUUUGUCCUGAUGCCCAUAAAUGCUUCCAACGCACUGACCCUGGCACAUCAGCUGCGAGUCUACACGGCUGAGGCUGCUGGCUUCACAGACAUGAUGGACGUGGUCUAUGUGGCACAGAUGAUCCAGAAAUUUCUGGGCUAUGUUGACCAAAUUAAGGAGCUGGUGGAGGUGAUGGUAGACAUGGCCAGUAACCUGAUGCUUGUCGACGAACACCUACUCUGGCUGGCCCAGCGAGAGGACAAGGCCUGCAGCGGCAUCAUCGAAGCCCUGGAGCGUAUUGGAGGGGCUGCCCUCAGCUCUCAUGCCCAGCACAUCUCUGUGAAUUCAAGGAAUGUGGUCCUGGAGGCACACCUCAUCAAACCCCACAGCUACGUGGGCCUCAGUUGCACGGCCUACCAGAAGCGGGAGCCAGCUGUGUCAGGGCAGCGUCCAGGGCCCCCUGGAAUAGAUCCCCAGCCUGAGCAUGAGACCCUUGCUGACCAACAGCUGAGAUUUCGCUGUACCACUGGGCGGCCCAAUAUCUCCCUGUCCACUUUCCACAUCAAGAACAGCGUGGCCCUGGCUUCCAUUCAGCUGCCCCCCAGCCUGUUCUCAUCCCCUCCGGCUGCACUGGCGCCCCCAAUUCCUCCAGAUUGCACCCUGCAACUGCUCGUCUUCCGCAAUGGCCGCCUUUUCCGUAGUCAUGGCAACACCUCCCGCCCUGGAACCACGGGGCCCAGCAAGAGGCGUGGGGUGGCCACUCCUGUCAUCUUUGCUGGAACCAAUGGCUGUGGUGUUGGGAACCUCACAGAGCCAGUGGCUGUCUCCCUAAGGCAUUGGACUGAAGGGGUGGACCCUGUGGCAGCCUCAUGGAGCAUGGAAGGGCCCGGAGGACCAGGAGGCUGGAGUUCCGAGGGCUGCCAGCUCCACUCCAGCCAAUCCAAUGUUAGCUCCUUGUACUGCCAGCACCUUGGCAACAUUGCAGUGCUCAUGGAGCUGAGCACUUUCCGUCGGGAAGCAGGAGGCCCAGGAGCAGUUUUGCACCCUGUAGUCUACCCCUGUACUGCCCUUCUGCUGCUCUGUCUCUUCUCUACCAUCAUCACCUACAUCCUCAAUCACAGUUCCAUCCAUGUCUCGAGAAAGGGCUGGCAUAUGCUGCUGAAUCUGUGCUUCCACAUGGCUAUGACUUCGGCUGUCUUUGCAGGCGGCAUCACCCUCACCAACUACCUAAUUGUCUGUCAGGCGGUGGGCAUCACCCUGCACUAUUCGUCGCUGUCCACACUGCUCUGGAUGGGCGUGAAAGCUCGAGUUCUCUACAAGGAGCUGACCUGGAGGGCUCCACCCCCCCAGGAAGGGGAGCCCGCUGUACCCACGCCCCGUCCAAUGCUCCGGUUCUAUCUGAUCGCUGGAGGCAUCCCCCUCAUCAUCUGCGGCAUCACUGCCGCGGUCAACAUCCAUAAUUACCGGGACCAUAAUCCCUACUGCUGGCUGGUGUGGCGCCCCAGCCUGGGAGCUUUCUAUGUGCCGGUGGCCCUGAUCUUGCUGAUCACCUGGAUCUACUUUCUAUGUGCUGGGCUGAGCUUAAGGGGCCCGCAGGGGCAGGGCCCUAAAGGGGGCCACAGCAGGGCUUCCCUGGAGCCCGGGGAAGACCUCCGCUGUCCAGCCAGGCUCCAGGGCAGCGGCCCCCUUCUGAGUGACUCGGGCUCCCUCUUGUCUGCUGGGGGGGGAAGAGUGAUUUCCCCGGGACACCCGGGCCAUGGAGACGGCAUCUAUUCCUCCGGAGCCCAGCUUGGGGCACUGGUGACCACUCAUUUCUUGUAUCUGGCACUGUGGGCCUGUGGCGCCCUGGCAGUAUCCCAGCAGUGGCUGCCUAGCGUGGUGUGCAGCUGUCUGUAUGGGGUGGUAGCCGUCGCCCUGGGUCUCUUUGUCUUCUCCCACCACUGUGCCAGGAGGAGGGAUGUCCGGGCUUCCUGGCAAGCAUGCUGCCCAUCGUCCCCUCCUUCCCCUCGAGCCCUGCCGAGGCCCUUAUCCACCAUCUUGGAGGACGGCUCGGCGGUCUUUGCAGAGGGGCAUUCCUCCCUCAAAUCCUCCCCGAGUGGCAGCAGCGGCCAUGCCCCACACUCGAGUCCCUGCAAGCUGACCAACCUGCAGCUGGCCCAGAGCCAGGUCUGCGACGUGGGCGUAGGAGCCUUAGGGGAGGAGCCCGAAGCCACCAGCCCACGUGGGCCGGCUCCCCGCCACCCCAACAACGUGCACCACGGGCGCCGGGGCCACAAGAGCCGAGCCAAGGGCCACCGCGCCGGGGACGGAGGGGGCAAGCAUCGGCUGAAGGCGCUCCGCGGGGGGUCGGCGGCACUGACUGGAGCGUCGGAGCUGCAGUCCAGUGAGAGCGGCAGCCUGCACAACAGCCCGUCGGACAGUUACCCAGGCAGCAGCCGCAACAGCCCCGGCGCUGGCACUGGCUCCGGCCCCUGCCUGCGGGAAGGAGAGCCUGCGCUCAGCCCCUCCGAGGGCAGCGACACCAGCGGGGCCCUAGGCCCCGAAGCGGGACGCACGGGCCAGCGGCGCUAUGCCAGCCGGGACAACCUCAAGGGAGGCGGGGGGCUGCUGGAGGAGAGCAAGCGCCGCUCCUACCCCCUUAACACAGCUAGCCAGAAUGGAGCCUUGAAGGCUGGGAAAUACGACAUCAACCUAGGCAGCGCAGAGUCGGGAGCCGGUGGCUGUAUGAAGACCGGCCUCUGGAAGAGCGAGACCACCGUCUAGAGCUCCAAGGGGCUGUGAGAGCAGCAAGAAGCACACGCACUCACCCCUGCUCACUGGCGGCCAUCCUGGGGAGCCUCUGGCUGUACCUCAAAAGGCUCCCCGUGCUGGUGGCAGCAAGGCCAGUGAGGCAGAUGCCCACGCACGAACACUGGGGGAUGGCAGCUCCCUUGGGGGCAGGCUCUGCCCUUUCUGAAGGGAGCCUCUCCAAAGGAUGCCCCCUGCCACCCCAGCCGCCCCUCCUUUUGUGUCUGUCUAGGAUCCUCGCCACCAUCCAGCAAGAACAGGCCAUUCCCCACCGGCCUCUGGAGCACCGUUCUUGGCCAAACUGCCUCCCAUGUUGUUUAGAGGAACAGGGUCUAGGGUGAACUUUCUGGCCAGCCCAGUUCUCUUUAGGGCCGGGGCCCUAUGGGCUAGCUGGACCCUGGGCACUGGGCUGCCAGCCAGGCUGCUGCUUUGGAGGGCGACUAUGCAAAAGCAAGUGGGAGGGCAGGGAAGCUAAAUGCUGUUCAACUAGAACCAAAGAUGAGAGGGCUGCUACCCUUAACUGACUAGUGCUCAACGGGCUUCCGGUUUCCUUACAAAGCCAGGGUCCAAGGUGAGCCAUGCUGAGACUUGAGAAGUCCAUCAUGCCCUUUGAUUCCAAGGAAGGGUGUGGGUAGAAAGCAGAAAGAACCAAAGCUAAGGAACAGGGACAGGCUGUUUGAGCUUCCAGAGCAAUACCCCUAGAGAAGACGUGCUGAGGGCGCUUUUCAAAGGGCAGUUCUCACUCUCAGGCUUUGGCCUCUCUGGGCUCUAGAGAAAGAAUUUCCUUUGCUUGAAUAUGAGCACAGGAUGGAGCUCCAGGGAGUCAUAGCCAUCAGACCUCAGGCCUAUGGCUACAAGAUGCCCUCUGGGGGUCAAACCAGUUUCCUGUUCUCCUUGAGGCCCUUGCAAGGCAGUCGUUGGAGCAUUUAGGGAGCCUCCCCCACUCCUGCUACAUGGUCUUUGACUUGAUUCUUCUACCCCCAGGCCUUGAGCUGAGAAUGGACCAUCAACCCCUUUACCUUAGGAUUUCUGGUGGGGAGGAGAGGGUGAGUUUAUACCUGGGAGCCCAACCCUGUUCAGGCUUCCCUGGUCUUGCCCUUGUACAUGUCACCCAAGGUCCGUAAGGAGGGCCCAUGGGAGAGGGUGAUCCUAUUCUUUAGGAGUGGGUUCUGCUAUUUACGCUUGCUGCACAGAGACUAUUAUUAGAGAAAGAAAGAAAAGAAGCUUUGUAUUAUUCUUCCACAUAUGCUGGCUGCUGUUUACAUACCUGCCAAUGCCUUAGCACUGGAGAGCUUUUGCAAUAUGCUGGGGAAAGGGGACUAAGGGGAGGGAAUGAAAAGUGCCAAAGAAAACGUGUUUUUUAAAAACUCGGGUUUUAUACAAUAGAAUGUUUUCUAGCAGAUGCCUUUUGUUUUAAUAUAUUAAAGAUUUGCCAAGUCCCAUGAGCAUAACCCUA